AUGACGACCUUUCUGGCAAGCUACUCGGAGGACGGCUCGGUGCUCAAUGCAAUGAUGGGAUGCGUGGCGAACAGCUCAGUGGUGAAGGAGAUUCUUCAACAACUCCUGAGAUUCUACAGGCAGUGGCCAACAGAGACUGUCCAGACCAGGGUUUGCAGCCCUGGAGGGGCGCUGAGAUCCUCUGUGGUCCGCACGUCUUCAGGAUGUUCGAGGAGAGGCAGCUCCCGUGUUGGCUGCCCGAGGAUCCAGAUUGCCCGGGCAGCCGCUACACCAGCGACUUUCCCGGGGUCAAAUAUGGAAUCUACGUGCCGUCAGGGCCACUGGUCGCCUGGCCUCGCUUCGCGAACUGUUCAGAGUGGGGCUGCCUUACAGGGGGCUGGCCAACGGAGACCCCAACCCAAGAGGUAA